AUGCAUUUUGAACGCUUCCUAUCCCCUGGUUUGCUAGCCGUGCUUGCUGUUGCUGGCGUUGUCGAGGCCAAGUUUUCCCUUUCAAAAGUCACAAGUGGUGUGGAUCAGCAAACUGGCGCAAGACCUGCCAGGAGGAAUAUUCUUGAUCUGCAAAAUGAUCUCCCCACAUGGUCUCUUUAUAUCCAAGGACUCACUGCUAUGCAAAAAGUCCCUGAAGACGAUCUGCUGUCCUAUUUUCAAAUAGCCGGCAUUCAUGGCAGACCCUUCUAUGCAUGGGAUAACUAUGAAAAAGACCCAGCUGCUCCGCUGGCUGGGUACUGCACGCACUUUAAUUUACUUUUCUCAAUAUGGCAUCGUCCGUAUCUGGCUCUUUUCGAGAAAAUCCUUGCAGGUCAUGUUCAAACAGUCGCAAAGGAGUAUAACUCCCAGAUCUAUCAGGAUGCCGCAGACAACUUCCGGAUCCCAUUCUGGGACUGGGCGGCUAUACCCUCAAUACCCGAUGUCGUAGCAGCACCAACCGUCAACAUCAACACACCUUCAGGGCCUAAAGAUGUCACCAACCCUCUCUACCAGUACAGUUUCCAACAAUUUCCUUUGAACGAUACCUGGUUUCCUAGCGAUCAAGAUGAGAAGCUGUCAACUUAUCCAGCGACAGUUCGAUGUCCUAAUCCAGAGGGGAUUUCUGAUCCAGCUCAAGCCAGUAGAGGUCUUGCGGCUAAUCAGCUGAUGAAAUACACUUAUGCCGUCUUUGCACAAACCAAGGAGUACAACAAAAUGGCAACGGGAGCUGUCGCAGGCGUUUCGUUCGAGUAUAUCCACAAUGUAGUCCACUACAGCGUCGGAGGGGGUGGAGGGCACUUCAUGGCCGGCCAUAUGUCUGCACAAACCUACUCUGCAUUUGACCCAAUUUUCUUUCUUCACCACGCGAACCUCGACCGGCUCGUCGCCCUCUGGGAGGCCAUCAAUCCCGAUCAAUUCCUCACUCCAGCUGUUGACGGAUCAGGUACCUUCACGCACCCCAUCGGCGAGAAUAUCACGGUCUCGACACCACUCACUCCUUUCACUACUGAUGAUGGGGUGACCCCUUAUAAUUCAAACACCGCACGCUAUACUAAAUUUUUCGGAUAUUCGUAUCCCGAAAUUCAGGACUGGCUCCCAGAACAAACUCCAGAGCAGCUUGCGAAAAACGUAACAGCGUUUGUCAAUACCGCGUAUAAUCCCACUAUGGCAUUAUCAGCCCGGAAUUCUGCAAGGGACACUGCCCAGAAUGGUCAGGUGAGGGAGUGGGCUGUGAGUAUCAGAGGUCUCAAUACUGCUCUUAGUGCGGAGGGCUAUGUCGUCGAUAUCUCUCUCAAUAACAGCCAUGUUGGCGAGAUGGUUGUUAUUGCACCGCCAAAGGCAGCGGUAGCAGCCGGCUUGAAUACGACCACAAAUCAUGUGAUUGAUCUGUCGGAAGAGUUGGGCAAGGUCGGUGUUGAUACCCAGGACGUUGGAGCAGUGGUGGAGUAUUUGAAGGCGAAUUUGGGUUCGAGUGUUCUUAAGGCCGAUGGUACUACGAUCCCAAGCACCCAAGUCCCUUCCCUAAGCUUAAUAGUGGACGAUAUCAUCGUCACGCUACCAAAGGACAUCACUGAGCUCCCAUCGUAUGGAACGAGAACGCCACAUUCGGACAUUACGUUAUGA